AUGGCCUCCCCUGCUGAUCCCAUCUCGACCACUCCUACAAGCGAAAUAGAAGCAGCCUACGACGAACUCGACUUGGAACAUCGGACUGCUCCAAGCGAAAUACAAGCAGCCUACGACGAACUCGACUUGGAACAUCGGACUCCUACAAGCGAAAUACAAGCAGCCUACGACGAACUCGACGUGGAGUAUCGGCUGAAUGACAUCCACACCUCAUUAGGACCGGGCGAAACGCUCAACCUCCUACCCAAUGAAGCAAUCUUGUAUGAGGCCUCACCCGAGACUAUGGCGCCCCUCGAUCAAUCAGGUCCAGCUUAUAUGUCCAAGACAUCAGAUCAUCGAACUUGCCAAUCCGACAUCUUACUCUCUCCGAUCUCCUCAUUUAAUCCAUCAAACACAACCCUUGUUUACGAAAAAUUAAUCAACCCACCUCAAACAUCAGAGGAUCAUCCAAUGACCACCCCCGAAAACCAACACGCCGGUAACCAGAAACGACCCAUAGAGCCUGUCGACAGCCUUACGACAAGCGAAAAAAACCCUAAAACAAUUAAGAAGUCAGUUCCCAGGAGAAAAAGUACCAAGAAAGCCAAGCAAAACCAUAACGCUGCCAGACGUUGGGUCCACGAGGACUCUUCGGUCGAGGUGCUCCCGACGUUCGAGGAGCUUGCCGGUCAAGAUGGAAGUCUUCCAGAUCAUCUCGUAUUGGAAUUACAAACCACGAAUUGCACCGUACUCCCAACUAAUCUGCGCCGAUAUCGAUGCUCGCCAUGCGUUGCAAAACAAGCUGGAGCCAUCUGCGCAUUUAGAUCAAUCAGGCAAUUCAUUUGUAAACAAGACUCGCCCAACGUAAUAGUCGGUGCACCGAAAUUUUCAGCCUCUAAAAAUAGCACCCCGAAAGCCAAGCAAAACUCUGCCAGACGUUGGGUCCACGAGGACUCUUCGAUCGAGGUGCUCCCGACGUUAGAGGAACUUGCCGGUCAAGAUGGAAGUCUUCCUGAACAUCUCGUAUUCGAAUUACAAACCACGAAUUGCACCGUACUCCCAGCUAAUCUGCGCCGAUAUCGAUGCUCGCCAUGCGUUUCAAGACAGCCUGGAUGCAUCUGCGCAUUCAGAUUAAUCAGGCAAUUCAUUUGUAAAAAAGACUCGCCCAACGUAAUAGUCGGUGCACCGACCUUUCCAGACUCUACUACCCACCCAUCCCAACUCGCUUAUCAAUACCCGCAAUUUCCAACCGAAUUCAACCGCCUGCCGAGUCCGCAAGAUCUAGUUGAGCUGCGUCAACUGCUUGCAAAAAUUUUGUUACCGGCGAUAGAAAGCGAGCUAGAGUGGUUAAGAGAUCCCCGAGUUAAAUUCAUUGGCCGCCAAAUAGACGCAGCAACUAAAUGCGACUACUGCUCAGCCACCCUCAUCGGCUCUGCCUGGCUGUGCUCUGAAUGUGGCUCGGAAGCUUGUACGAGGUGUUUCGGAUUAAUGACCGAGCAAACUCAAGCUGGUGCAGGUGUGGCCAAAAAUCCAAUUAAAAAGAGGGUACAAAUGGAUUGGUUUGAUCGACUAACGACUUGUAACAGAAAGGACAUUGCUCAUGGGCCAGAUGCUCAUCUUAAGAUAUCGCAUAUCACGCGCGAGGAAUUGGACGCCUUACGCGACCAAAUGCUGGCGCUAACUCCAGCGGAAUUAAGCCAGGCUUUACCCACUUCGACCUCUCCUCUGGAGGACCCCGCUCCAUAUUCGGUACCAGCGGAUCUAGUGCGAUUCUUGUAUCAACCCGAGGACAGCUACAGCGAGUCGUACAUCAAAAUAGAUGUUAGAGAUUUGGAAGCGGAUCCAAGUAUAUUUGAUCGUCUAUGGUCGGCCGGCAUUAUUAUCCUGGUAACCGGCAUGAGUGAUCGGCUGAAAAUAGAUUGGACACCCGAAUAUUUUGCGUGGAAAUAUGCCAAUGAUAAAUGUCAAAUGAUCGAGUCUAAUAGUCUGUCGCAAACUCCAGAGGACACCACUGUCGAGAUUUUUUUUGACCAAUUUCGAAAGGAACCAUCCCCAAACCAACCGAUUUGGAAGCUUAGAGAUUGGCCUCCGGAAGCAGACUUUCGAAACAAAUUCCCGGAACUCUUUUACGAUUUCGAACAAGCCCUUCCGAUUCCCGAUAUCACUACGCGUUUUGGCAUUCGGAACGUGGCCGGACAUUUUCCUCUAAAUGCGAAUGUGCCAGACAUAGGACCGAAAAUGUACAUCGCCAUGAAAAAUUCAGAUCACGUUGGAUCGCGUGGCUCAACUGUUCUUCACAUGGAUGUUGCUGAUGCCGUCAACAUUCAAACGUAUGCGAGGCUAGGGGAGGCCGAGGGCUGCGCUCUUUGGCAUCUUUAUCACGCCAAAGAUUCUCAGGCUUUACGAGAGUUUUUGUAUCUACACCAAGCAAAUGAACUACAAAUGACGGUUGAAGACACUAAACGCGCGCUGGACGAUCCCAUCCACACCACGAGAAUCUACAUCAAUGCUGAGAUGAGGAAAAACUUAAGAGAAAAAUACGGUGUGAAAGGGUGGGAAAUCAAGCAGAAACCUGGCGAAGCUGUCUUUAUCCCUGCAUAUACCGCGCAUCAAGUGUGUAACUUGGCCAAUUGUAUCAAAGUUGCAGCCGAUUUCGUCUCUCCGCAUUCAAUUGAAAGAUGCAUCAAAUUGACAGAGGAGUUUAGGGUUCAAAAUCACGAACGUCGGAAACCGUGGAGGGAAGAUCUACUGCAAAUUAAUCAAAUGUUGCUAUAUGCUUUUAUGUCUACCGGUAGAAAUCUUGAAGAAUUCCAAGUGAAAAGCUUCAAUAAAGUCUGA